AUGCUGGCUCCAGGAAAUAUGGAAGAAAUAGCAGCUGAACUAAGAAAAUAUGAGGUGGAUGUAGCAGCCAUACAAGAAAUUAGAUGGAAAGAACAGGGAAUUAUAAACAAAAAAGAGUACACCCUCUUAUACUCAGGAAACGAGAAACAAGGGCAAGGUGAGACAGGUUUUAUAGUAAGCAAAAAACUAAAAGACAAUAUAAUUGACUUCAGGGCGAAAAUGCUGAAGAAGAAGAAAAAAAAACUAUAUGAGAAUCUGGAGAAGGAAAUCGAAGGAAUACCCAAGGAAGAUACAACUAUAGUACUGGGGGAUUUUAACGCACAGAUAGGUCAAGAUGAUUACAUAAAACAAGUUGCAGGAAAACAUACAGUACACAAUGUAACAAAUGAUAAUGGAACAAGAUUGUGCAAUUUAGCUAUAAGUACGAAUAUGGUCAUAAGCAGCAUCAAAUUCCAGCAUCCGUACCACCACAAAGUGACUUGGAGUGCCCCGGACAACAAAACAUUCACGCAAAUAGACUAUAUAUUAAUAACAAGAAGGAAACAAAGCUCUGUAAAGGAUGUCCGAACAUUUAGGGGAGCUUGCGCAGAUACGGACCACUUUCUAGUUACAGCAACUAUAAAGCAGAAGGUUAAAAGAUGUAGAAGAGAUGCUAAAAAAAGAAAUGGAGCAUUGAAAAAUUGA